UCCCCAGCACUGCUGCGCUGUCGGGGACCGGGAGCUGCAUCUGCAGCAGCAAUCCGGCCACGUUAAAAACCCGCUCCUCCACUUGAUGCCGGUGACCUUGGCCGGCGCCGAUCACGCCCCUCGCUCUUGUAAAUAUCUUUCUUUGCCUUUCCCGUUGCCAUGGCAUCGCAGGACGGGCUGCAGGAGGAUCGCGUGGUGCAGCGGGGGAGAUCUCAGAGUGACCCGAGCAGCAUCACCGAGGUCCGCUUGGGUGAAGCGCACAGAGCAGAUGUGAUGGACCAGCAGAGGGCGCUGCACUCGGGCUGCCUGGUGUCGGGAGUCCGGACGCCUCCCGUCCGCCGCAACAGCAAGCUGGCCAGCCUGGGACGCAUCUUCAAGCCUUGGAAGUGGAGGAAAAAGAAAAACGAGAAGCUGAAGCCCCCCAGCGCCGGCGAGAAGAAGGCAGCUGCGCGGCAGAAGAGAGGUGACCUCGUCAGGAGGAGCCCUGGGGAGACGGAGACAGACUCGGAUGUGGCUUGCGGGGGCAACGGCGAGGACGCAGACACGCCGACUCAGUCCGACGCCGAGGACCGAGACGAGGAGCCCGUGGCCCCGCUGGCCAGCACCAGCGAAGACCUGGGCAGCGAUCUGGAGGCCUCGACAGUGCAAGAUGUGACGGAGGACUCAAAGACGGCAGGAGAUCCGAACCAGAGUGAGGACGGAGAGGACGAGAGCACCUCGCUGAGCGACCGCAGCGACGAGCGGCCCGCCGCGAAGGCGGAGCCUGCUGAAGGGAAGCGGGAGGCGGCGGCGCCGGCGGCGGCGGUGCCGGCCCCCCCGCCCAGUCGGGUCGUCACUUCCCCUCCGCCCAAAGUGGCGGUCAAACCGCUCACCAGACUGGGAAGCCUUGACUGUACGCCUUCGGUUCCAGUCAAGAAGUCCCCGGCCACCUUACCACGGAACUUCACUCUUCCCAAAGACCCCCACGGCUCCCUGUUGAGGGGCCGGAUCCUCACACCCACCGGGUCCCCGCACCUCGGGGCGCUGCACUCACAGCUGCCCCCGAGCUGCAUCAUCGAGGAGCUGCACCGCGCCCUGGCCACCAAACACCGGCAGGAAAGUUUCCAGGCGAAGGAGGCGCGCUCCUCCCUGAAGCGGCGCAUGGACGGCCGUCUGUCCCGCACGUCCAGCACGGAGAGGGAGCCGGAGUCGGAGGGCAGGAAGCAGUCGGACGAGAACAAAGAGAACUGGCGCCUGGACGAGUACCUGAACGACCAGGACAGCUGGAACGACUCGGUCAUCUCCGGGUCCCUCCCGCGCAGGAUGAGGAAGGAGCUGCUGGCCGUGAAGCUCCGGAACCGACCCAGCAAGCAAGAGCUGGAGGACCGCAACAUCUUCCCCGUGCGCAGCGACCAGGAGCGGCAGGAGAUCCGCCAGCAGAUCGAGACCAAGCUGGCCAAGAGGCUGAGCCAGCGGCCGGCGGUGGAGGAGCUGGAGAGUCGGAACAUCUUGAAGCAAAGAAAUGACCAGCUGGAACAGGAGGAGAGGAGGGAAAUCAAGCAGCGACUGAACAGAAAGCUGAACCAGCGGCCCACGGUGGACGAGCUGCGAGACCGAAAGAUCCUCAUUCGCUUCAGCGACUACGUGGAAGUGGCCAAAGCCCAGGACUACGACCGGCGGGCCGACAAGCCCUGGACCCGACUGUCGGCGGCUGACAAGGCAGCGAUACGGAAGGAGCUGAACGAGUUCAAAAGCAACGAGAUGGAAGUUCAUACUUCGAGCAAGCAUCUGACGAGGUUCCACCGGCCAUAGCGAGGUUUCUUCUGUGAAGAGUUGCCGAUGGUCCUUUUUCGCACGGAGUCUUCCGGCGCCGUGGCCCACAGUCAGUGGGCGCUCUGGCACCGGUGUCCAGCCGGGCCUUUGGAGGCUAUGUCUCUAGAAGAAGGGGAGUCGGGCGGCGCGGACGCACGCGGCGAGCUCCGCCUCUGCUCGGGGGGGGGGGGGAUCGGCUCCUCGAACCCUCCCUUCAGAGUUCGAGGUCAUGUGGACGAGCCAAGACUUUUAUUUUAUAAACCGUCUCUUUUGAAAGACGUCCUUUUUUCCAUGCUACGGGAGGGAGAGCGGCGCGAUUGGGGGAGGGAGGGAGGGAGGGGGGGUGAUGAUGUGCAUGCGACCGAGUCGACCCGUCCCACUCCAGUAUUAGUAGGCACCCCCCCCCCCCCCCCUCUCCGAUCUGUGUGUGAGUCUCACCGAUGCAGUUGAUGCGUUUCAUAUCGACAGUGUAAACAGAAAACCUUUGUCUGCGUAAGGACAGAAUUCCCUUUGUAAGCACUAUUUAUUGUCUGCACAAUACAGGUUUUCAAUUUGUAA